AAAACUUUGUCAUCUUCAUACUCUCCUAUCCGAGCUCACUAUUUAAAAAAUGGCUCAAGCCACCUCCAAAACCACCACUUUGCCAACCAAGAGAGCCAUACAAGGAGAAAUAAGCCCCGUAGUCUACCGUGGUGUCCGUAAACGAAGCUGGGGAAAAUGGGUAUCCGAAAUCCGGGAGCCAAGGAAGAAAUCCAGAAUAUGGCUAGGGUCAUUUGACAACCCUGAGAUGGCGGCUCGAGCACAUGAUGUAGCCGCCAUUGCAAUCAAGGGUCGUUCGGCUAUACUAAACUUUCCUCACCUGGCUCCACAACUUCCCAAACCGGUCUCUACAUCACCUAUUGAUAUUCGAGCCGCUGCACUUAAAGCAGCCUCUUUAGCCAUUGGUGACAUUAAUCCAAGAAGCCGUGACACAAGCAAUAACAGCCAAGCCGAGCUUGAGCCAGAAACUGAUACAUUGGCUCCAUCUGAUGAUACUUUUCUUGAUUUACCGGAUCUUUUCCUCGACCUUGGAUAUCGGAUGGACCAUAUUUUGCUUACAUUGCCGGAUAAAAAUUCUGUAGAAGAGACUGGUGAGGGACGUGAGUUAUGGCCGGAAGAGCAUUUCUUGUGGAAUUAUUGUUAGUAGUUAGUUAAGAGGGACAAAACUUAUAAAAGUCACUAUAGUUUAUUUUAUUUAGUUAUUUAUUUACAUUGGCGAUGUGUAAUUUAUACAUGAUCGAUGUAUAGUAAGUAUGGGUUGUUAUAUUUAUUUGUUAAUAGUUAAUUUAAUAUAUAUUGUUCCAA